AUGAUUGCUAAGUCUCACCGACAACUUGCUCGAUACCUCUCUCGCCCAGACGCCGGUGCUGAUGUGGCCCUGAUUUGCAGCGUGAUAUACUUCAUAUGUGAAUCGCUCCUUGGGGAUCCCCAACAAGCCAUAUGGCAUCUCGAUCGGGGCCUGGUUCUGCUGAAACGUAGCCAGGUCAGCAAGUCUUUUGACGCCACCUCUUCAAAUGAUCCGUUGGUCCCUCGACUGACCGCCUUGUUCGAACGUCUCGACUGUCAGGCAUGCACGUUUGACGACCGACGUGCCCCAGUCCUUGUACUUUCUUCGCCACCGGAGCUGUGUGGCACGGUGCCCACGGUGCCCGAUCGAAUACGAGAUCUUGAUCACGCCGAAUCCAUUCUGAUAAAGCUUCAGAACAGAGUCUUUCAUCAUUUAGUGGCCAGUAUAUUCUUCAAGGGACAAGCCGUGGAGGAGUUGCCGCAAAGUCUGAUCCAGGAACGCAUUCUCGUGGUUUGCGAUCUUCAAAAAUAUGGUGCUCUUCUGGACAACUUUGCAAACUACGCAGGCUACGCCAUUGAAAAAUCGCCCUUGCCUCUAGAUGAACUCGACGAGUCAAUGCGACAACAAUGGAAGCGAUAUCUUAUGCUUCGGAUAAGCUUCCACACAUUCCAUCAUCUGAUGAGAGACUAUGCUGCCAAAUUUGGAAUACUAGCUUCCGCAACCCAGUCAGAAUCGGCUGCAGACCUCAGGUCUGACUUGGAGAGCGAUCUGAAAACUGCCUCAGAUGCAGUCUCGUCGAUUUUACUGAUCUGUGACUCUCCACCAACCAUGCCACAACGGACAUAUACGCUUUCAUCGCACCUCAUUGCCGUCACCUAUUUUGUGUGCGCAAAGACGACGUCGCCGACCACUCGUCGCAAGACCUUUGAGCUCCUUGCUCACCCCUCGCUCUCACACUCUCGUGACGGCCUUUGGGACGCUCAGACAGCCUCGCUGUUUCUCGAUAAGAUGAUACACAGACCCCGGAAAGGGCUAAGCUCUACCCCUGCAAUGCCAUCAGUAACACAAGGCGCCCAUGCUGAAGGUGCGUCGAAAUCUCGAAAGGAGCUGCCAAUCGCCCAGUGUCAGGGAUGGUCCAUUAACUUGGCGUCAUGUGGCAGAUCUGGUCGAAGAAAUCCGAAGCCAAAUUCAUCCACCCCUCAUGAGACUCUGAUGGUAAUUUCCAAAUAUCGGGACAGCUGA